AUGGCCGCGAAGUCGGAUGGAGCGGUGGCCGCGGCCGGCCCGGGGCCGGAGGGGGCGGCCGGAGGACCCCGGGGCAGUGCAGGAGGGCGCGGGGAGGCGACAGAGUCAGCCGGGGGGCCCGGGGUGACGGGGGAGGGGGGCCCGGGGCCGCGCUACGAGCUGCGGGACUGCUGCUGGGUGCUGUGCGCGCUGCUCGUGUUCUUCUCCGACGGCGCCACGGACCUGUGGCUGGCGGCCUCCUAUUACCUGGAGGGUCAGCACACCUACUUCGGCCUCACGUUGCUGUUUGUGCUCCUGCCCUCGCUUGUCGUGCAACUGCUCAGCUUCCGCUGGUUCGUCUACGACUAUACAGAGCCCGCGGGGGCUCCGGGACCCGCCGUCAGCACCAAGGACAGCGGUGCCGGCGGGCCGGUCGUCAGCACCAAGGACAGCGCAGUCGGCUUCCGGACCAAAGAAGGCAGUCCUGAGCUGGGCUCCCGACCCGCGCCCUCCUCGGCCAGCACCUACCGCCGCCGUUGCUGCCGCUUCUGCGUCUGGCUGCUGCAGACCCUCGUCCACCUCCUGCAGCUCGGCCAGGUCUGGAGGUACCUGCGCACUGUGUACCUGGGGCUGCAGAGCCGCUGGCGCGGGGAGCGGCUGCGGCGCCACUUCUACUGGCGGAUGCUGUUCGAGAGCGCCGACGUGAGCAUGCUGCGCCUGCUGGAGACCUUCCUGCGCAGCGCGCCGCAGCUCGUGCUGCAGCUCAGCCUGGUGGUGCACGAAGGCGGCGCGCCCAAACUGCUGCCCGCCCUGUCCAUCUCCGCCUCGCUCGUGUCCCUGGCCUGGACGCUGGCCUCCUACCAGAAGGUGCUGCGGGACUCACGGGACGACAAGCGGCCGCUGUCCUACAAGGGCGCCGUGGCCCAGGUGCUGUGGCACCUGUUCGCCAUCGCGGCCCGCAGUCUGGCCUUCGCGCUUUUCGCCAGUGUCUACAAGCUCUACUUUGGCAUUUUCAUCGUGGCCCACUGGUGUGUCAUGACCUUCUGGGUCAUCCAGGGUGAGACGGACUUCUGCAUGUCCAAGUGGGAAGAGAUCAUCUACAACAUGGUAGUGGGCAUCAUCUACAUCUUCUGCUGGUUCAAUGUCAAGGAGGGCCGCAGCCGCCGCCGCGUGACCCUCUACUACUGCAUCGUUCUGCUGGAGAACGCCGCGCUCACCGGCUUCUGGUACUCCAGCCGCAACUUCUCCACCGACUUCCACUCACUCAUUCUGGUCUGUGUGGUGGCCUCCAGCUUCGCGCUGGGCGUAUUCUUCAUGUGUGUCUACUAUUGUCUCCUGCACCCCAACGGGCCCAUGCUGAGUCCCCAGGCCCCCGGCUGCAUCUUCCCUAAGGCCCCAGGGCCCUGUGGCCCACCAGCCGACGCUGUCACAAGUCCCCCAAGGUCCCUGCCCAGGACUACAGGCCCUGAGCGGGAUGGGGCCUCCGUGGGAGGCGAGCGUGCGGGGACCCCCACGCCACCUGUCUUCCAGGUGCGGCCUGGCUUGCCUCCCACACCUGUGGCCCGCACCUUGCGGACAGAGGGGCCUGUCAUUCGGAUUGACCUGCCUCGAAAGAAGUACCCCGCCUGGGAUGCUCAUUUUAUUGACCGCCGGCUCCGGAAGACCAUCCUGGCGCUGGAGUACUCCUCACCCACAACGCCCCGCCUGCAGUACCGGAGCGUCGGGACCUCCCAGGAGCUGCUGGAGUACGAGACCACAGUGUAG